AUGGAAGUUACAUCUAUCUAUUCGUCCAGUGUAGAGAAUAUGUUGGACACUUCUAAUGAUACUGUAUUGUUGGAACAAAGUCCUAAAGAGUCAAAUUGUGUGUUUGUGACUCCUACUCAAAGAAAUGUUGCAGGAACUCCUAGAAGAAAAUUAUUCCAUGCAAAUAUAACUGGAACUUCAUUGUUUGAAUGUAAUAGUUCAAUUGAUUUACUCAGAAACACUGGUAAAACGAGAGACAAAUUUAUUAGUCCUAUAAAGAGUCCGUUAAAACGUUUAAAUGAUAGACACUUUAAUAAAAGCCCUGGGGAGCUUUUACCACGAGGUUCUAAGAAUGUGUUUCUCUAA